GCGGUGACCUCGUUGGCCGAGGCUUCUCCGCUGGGCUCGGCUGCCCGCAGAGACAUCAGCGAUCCGCUCCACCUGGCGACCAUCUGCAGUCAGGGUUAUCUGGUGAUGUGGCUUCUCACCGAGGGCCUGCACCUGGCCACCUCCACCGCAGACGUCCUGAUGAACGGCUCGCUGGACCUCCUGUUUGUUGCCGGUUGCGGGCACCUCCUGCUGAAGAGGGAAGAGUUGCUCGACAGCGCACUGCGACAGCAGGCCAACGUCGGGGCUUCGUUCGACGCGUCCAUGGCGGGGGCCCCGGGGACGAAGGUCAUCCUCUUGUGCUGCUUCUACCAG